AGGGUAGUUACAUAUGUCGCAUGAAAUCAUCGUUUUUCUUUUUGAGCACAUUCCAACAAAAUUGAUACAGUAUUUGGAGAAAAGUAGAAAAAUAAAUUAAUGUAAGCGUGUAAACAUCUUUUUUUCAUUUCUCUUUUCUCUAUUUUUGAGAUCAAUUGAGCAUAAAGAUGGUACAGCGCAGCACAAAAUUCACCGGCAUCUGCAUUGCCAUCUAUUUGGGGUAUACUCUGUUUGUGUUCUUAAUAUUGCCUCUGAUGUUGCCCGAUCCGGUGACAAUGUCGCGCAACAUACUUUUCCAGCAGACACAGGAUGCGAAGGAAUAUAAGAAUUUCACGAACUUCACUUUGGAGUCUGGUGGCCAGCCAGUGCGUUCGAUUCUGAUCACAUUUCAUGGCUCAGGCUUAUCGGGUUUAUUGGAGAAUUUGUCCCGUCUGCCGGGGGCUUACCAUCACUUCUCGCCUCUGAUAGCGUACAAGGAGCGCAUCAAAGUGAUGCCGCAGGCGAUGGCCGCGGUGGAUGAGUUGCACUCCUUGUUGAAUUGUGACUAUAAUCGUUCGCUGGAGAUGAUCAAGUAUGGCAUGAAAUCGUCGACAUUUCGAAAUUUGUAUGGUAUGCAGUGGAAGACGUGCCUCACCUACACCAUGGAGGUCUGUUCUAAGCCGGAAACAUUGUCUCGAAUUUGCAAAAUAUUUCCAUUCAUCAAUAUGUCUGUGUAUAACUUGGGUCUGUUAUAUCUCAAAUCCUUGCUGGAGCUUGAAGACCUCAAUGUACGUAUGAUAUUGAUAGUACGAGAUCCUCGUGCUACCAUGAGUUCGCGUGACGGUCAUAUCUGGUGCUCUAGUCACUCCUGCAGACAGCCUGAGGAUCUCUGCAAUAAUAUGGUGGAGGAUUAUCAAGUUGCUGAGGAUUUAUUGAGAGAGUAUCCGCAUCGUUUCAGCAUUGUUCGCUAUGAGGAACUAGUGCAGGAUCCGCUGGACGGUGUAAUAAACUUAUAUAAUUUUUUUGGCCUGCCAACGAAAAGCCUUGUGAAUUUAAAGCCAAAUUUUACUAUUUCUCAAGCUUAUUUAAAAUAUAAUUUUGAAAUGCCAUAUUCUUGGAAACAUAGAUUGACCUACAAUAAGAUUCUGAAUAUCCAAGUUGUCUGCAGGAAGGCUAUGGCCCUUUGGGGCUAUAAACCAAUAACAGAAUUAGUUGAAAACAUGACUAAUAUCUUUGUACCGUUGAAGAAGUUGGCAUUGUUUUUGAAGUAACGUCUGCAGUUCUUGAAGCAAACUGCAAUUGAAAUAAUAACU